AUGAGCCGGCCGAACGUGUUAGUCACCGGCUCGUCCGGCCACCUCGGCUUCGCUCUCAUGCACGCCCUGCCCUCACUCGGUUUCUGCCCCGUCGGCAUCGACAUCAAGCCCUGUGAGACCACCAAUUAUGUAGGAUCUAUCGCAGAUAGAGGGCUCAUCUCUCGCAUCUUCGCCGAGAACCCUUCUCUGCGCCAUGUGCUGCACGCCGCCACGCUUCACAAGCCGCACGUGGGCUCGCACACGAAAGCCGAGUUCGUCGAGACCAACAUCUCCGGCACCCUCGCGCUGCUGGAGGAGGCUAGCGGCCGCAGCGGUGACGACAAGAUCGAGUCCUUCGUCUUCAUCAGCACGACCUCGACCUUUGGUGCCGCGCUGAGCCCGCGGCCCGGCGAGCCCGCGGCCUGGAUCGACGAGGCGGUCGUCCCGCAGCCCAAGAACGUCUACGGCGUGACCAAGGUGGCGGCGGAGGACAUGUGCUAUCUGGUGCACAGGCAGACGGGCAUGCCCGUGCUGGUCCUGCGCACGAGCAGGUUCUUCCCCGAGCAGGACGACGACGAGGACCGGCGGGCGGCGAUGGGCGACGCGAACCUCAAGGUGUGCGAGCUGGCGUACCGGAGGGUGGACAUCGCCGACGUGGUCACGGCCUGCGAGUGCGCCAUGCGCAAGGCGUCCGAGAUUCGGUGGGGGAAGUAUAUUAUUAGCGGUCCUACGCCGUUUGCCAACACGGAAGAGAGCCUGCGGAGGUUGGAUUCGGAUGCUGGAUCGGUGAUGCGGGAGGCAGUACCUGCUUGUGAGAAGGUGUUCGCCGACAGGAAUUGGAAGUUUCUCAGUCGGAUUGAUCGUGUUUAUGACUCUUCCAAGGCUAUCAGGGAGCUGGAUUGGAAGCCGAAAUAUACUUUCCAGGAAGUGGUUGAGUUGCUACAGCAGGGGAAAGAGUGGAGGAGCGAUCUUAGUGUCAAGGUUGGGAAACGAGGAUAUCAUGCUAGGCCUACGGGGAUUUACACGGCAUGA